AUGCCUAUGAGCAGUGUGUGCCGUUCCUUGUCUUCAGCGGAAACGAUACAGAAGGACAAAGAAAGCUCUUCUGAAGAAAAUGCUACUUCAAUGGGAACGCCUACGGCAGAGGAUGUGGUUAAUGAUAAAUCACCUUCAAAAGUUGGUUUUUUUUAACGAUUGGAAAGAUUUUUCAAAGACACUAAGAAUAACUGACGAGAUAAACGCGAGCUCGGUGGCGGUACAUUGACUAACUCGCAAAAAUGUCGCUUUUUUCUAGGCGCGAUCCCGCAUUUCUCUCGGCGCGACCUCGCAUUUUACUCGGCGCGACCUCGCAUUUAUCUUGCAUUUCGGAAAUUUUCAAAUUGCGAGAGAAAUGCGAGCUCGCGCCUAGAAAAAAGCGAGGUCGCGACCAGAAAAAUGCGAGACCGGCGCGAGAAAAAAAGCGAGAUGUUUGCGAGCUCGUCAAUGUACCGCCAGUGUCUCGCGUUUAUCUCGGCAGUUAUUCUUAAUGUAAGCAAAGGUGUUCAUAUAAUUUAAAUCAAUUCUUCUCUGUUUUUAUAAGCUGAUGUUGAGGUGCAAAGACUGUUGGUUCCCUAUUCAAAAGAAGCGCUAACAAAACUAAAGCUGGAUCAGUAUCCACUAUACGUCGAACGCGAAUGGUGGAAAACGGGAAAACGGAUGACUUUUUGGGCAACUUGGCGUCAACUACGAGAUGUCAAACGACGUGAGCAAGUUCAGGUGAAUGUUGUUUUAAAUGGAUAAAUAAAUGCUUCUCAUUCUUUCUAUUAACUCGGGUAUAUGGUGAAAAAGUUCGGAGGAAAAGCAGUGAAAGACGCUCGGGCCGGUUCAAACGACUUUUUCGGAUAUGUAUAUAUAUAUCAUCUUAAAACAUACCCGAUAUUUUUUGACAGUAUAAGAAAGGCCUUUUCAGAGCGUUGGCGCAGACCGAAUGCGACUGAAAGCGAUAAAGGCCAACACGAUUUUGCCGCAAGCUAUUCGCGACGAAGCCGCCGAGAAGCUCUUCACAGCUUCGAAAUACGACCACCCUCGGCUGAUUCUCAACAUGUGCAUGUUCACGGGUCGCCAACGUGGAAAAAUAAAACCUUACCGAGUAAAUCGUCAUUUGUUCCGUAAACUCGCCGACCACAGUCAACUGUCGGGAGUCCAAAGAGCCAUGUGGUGA